GUGUGCGCCACACCCCAGAUGCAUAGUGAGGGAGGACUGGUUCCCCAAGCAGCAAGGACUGGGGGGCAUUGCUGCGGGGCGCUCACCAGGAGGGGCUGGUGCUGGCUGUUCCUCGCCAUGCUCCCGGGGGAACAUGCUUGCUAUGGUCCGGGGAAUCAGGGAAGAGAAUGGGCCGAGGAAAAAGGAAGCAAGAAAUGCCUCCGUGCAUGUGUGGGUGCAAAAGAUAACAUGCUGCGGGGCCCGAAGGGACCUCCCCGUGUGCCCAGCAGCGACUUGGGACGGGAUGGGGAAUGGCGCAAUGACGGACACGUAAAGUCCCGGGCUGCAAAGUCCAUUCCCGGCCGAGGGCACCCCAUGGCACAGCGGGAGCGAUCCCUGCACUAGGGGGGCGCCCCUGCGUCUAUGCCGGUGGGAGCCCGAAACCGGGGAGCAGGGGCUCCUGCCAGCAGCUGGUAGCCUGACCACGGCCGGGGCAGCGGGGCAGGAGCCCGUGGGAGACGCGGGGAGCCGGCAUGUCGCAGCCCACCGCACCCCCGCUCUACGAUGACAAGAACCCCCUGUACCCCCCGCCCCCCGGCGGGUACCCCCAGCCCCCCCACUAUCCCGGGGGGUACCCGCAGCCUGGGGGGUACCCUGCGGGACCAGGGUACUCGCAGCCAGGGGCGUACCCAGCAGCAGGGGGCUACCCUCAUCCGGGCAUGCCCACCAUGCCUAUGCGGUUUGGUGACAACGGCCUCGGGGAUGGCUCUCCCUACCAAUCAGUUGACUGGGAUGAUAGGAAAGUCCGGCACGCCUUCAUCCGCAAGGUCUAUGCCAUCAUCUCCCUGCAGCUCCUGGUGACGGUGGGAAUCAUCUCUGUGUUCACCUUUGUCGAUCCUGUCCGCUCCUUCGUCAGGAGGAAUGUUGCCAUCUACUAUGCCUCAUAUGCUGUGUUCCUGGUGACCUACCUGGUGCUGGCCUGCUGCCAGGGUCCCCGGAGACGCUUCCCCUGGAAUAUUAUUCUGCUGAGCAUCUUUACGCUGGCCAUGGGGCUGAUGACAGGCACGAUUGCCAGCACGUACAACACGAAAGCUGUCCUGAUUGCCAUGCUCAUCACCGCCAUUGUGGCCAUCGUUGUGACCAUCUUCUGCUUCCAGACCAAGGUUGAUUUCACAUCAUGUCCAGGGCUAUUCUGUGUGCUGGGCAUUGUGGUCAUGGUGACCGGGAUCAUCACUGCCAUCGUCCUCUCCUUCAAAUACGUGCCCUGGCUCCACAUGCUGUACGCGGCCAUCGGGGCCAUCGCGUUCACGCUGUUCCUUGCCUAUGACACCCAACUGGUGCUGGGGAACAGGAAGAACACGCUGAGCCCUGAGGAGUAUGUCUAUGGUGCCCUCACCAUCUACACUGACAUCAUCUACAUCUUCACCUUCAUCCUGCAGAUAGUGGGCCGGGAUUAGCCCUGGGACCCCUCCUGUCCCUCUACAGCUGCCCCGCACCCCUCCUCUGGUCUCUGUACAGGAUAGUCUGCUUACUGUGACUCAUAAUGCUUUGGCAUUCCUACCUGUAGGCUGCUAAGGAAAGGGCUUCCCUUGAUCAUCCCCCAGUAAGCCUCUGAGGGCAAUGGGGGAGACUGGCUGCCAGCGUUUAGGCAGUUUAGCCCAGCUUAGGCACCGCUUACCAAGGCUGUGCCAAUGGCAUUGUGCUGGCAGUGUAAUGUCACGGCCCUGCCUAGGCUCAGUGAGCUGGCAGUGGCUGCUGGGAUCGUGUUGUGAUUUUUUGGCAGAGAACAGUUGGUGUCAUUCACUCUGUGCCUUAAAUGGGGCUGGCCAUGCCCCCUCCCUGAGCUGUGGCUGUGCCCAGUGUGGGCAGGGGGCAGCUGGGACCUUCAUGGCAGAGCUCACAUUGCAGAGGCCCUGCAGCCACGGAUGUGGGCAAAGUUGCACUUGCUAAAUAAAACAGUUCAGUUUUCCAGA